AUGGAUGUCGACACAGAAACAUCUCAAGGCGAAACUAUAGCAGGUGGUCCAACUACUACUUCGCUUGUUCCACCUUGCGAACCAAAUCAAUUACAAGAUUAUUUUGAUAAAUUAUUACCUUUGGUCCUGGGGGCUGAAUCUUCUGAUUUAGCAAAUUCACUGUGGUCUGUGAGUGAUACCACAGAUAAAUUAAAGCGUUUUAUAAAUGACCCUCAGGUUAACGUUAUAUUUUUCACAAAGAGAAGAGACGACAAGAAAGAAGAAGAUGAACAAGCAACUUUCACAUAUUCAUACAUAUGUACACAAGAAAUCACUUACAAUUCAAAUAACGUUGCUUCCGUCGCUUUCAUAAAAUACGUACCUACGUUGGAUGGUUCUCGCGCAAUACAAACACAGAUUCAACUUAUAAAUUUACCUGGUCCUGCAUCAAGCGAUUCCGGUUCGACUGGUAUAAGCCCAUAUGAAGCGUUACAUUCUUACAUUCACCUUGCUGUUGCUCCUUAUUUCGAUGCAUAUGCUAGAGAAAAAGGUGCCAACGAAGGUCUUGUCAGCAUUGGAGGUAAAAAACACGAUGACUCUAAAAUUGGUAUUCCGAUGGCCAAAAAGAAAAUUACCGAAUUAGAAUUAUCACUUCUUCAUUUACAACAAAAUGUUGAAAUACCCGAGAUAUCACUUAAUAUACAUCCUGUAGUUCAAAAAACUGUGGAAGAGCGUGUAACCGUUGACAUGAUUGAAAAUCAAGCACUUCUCACAGAUUCAACAUUUUUGAAUAAACUCCAAGUAGAUGUAAACGGUUGGAUUAAAGAAAUUAAAAAGGUUACCAAGUUGUCACGUGAUCCGGCAAGUGGCACGGCCAUUCAAGAAAUUAAUUUCUGGCUAAGCAUGGAAAAAGCUUUGGAAGGUAUUGACGAACAGUUAAAAGGAGACCACAUCGAAUUAACAUUAAGCAUUUUGCGACAUGCUAAACGUUAUCACACAACGGUAUCAUUUAUCGCCGAUACUGGUUUGAAGGAAUCAAAAGAAAAAGUUAAUAAAUACAACCAACUUAUGAAGGAUUUUCCUCUUAAUGAACUUCUUUCUGCACCUGAUGUGAAUAAGAUAAAAGAAUCAUUAGACAUUAUUUUUACUCAUUUGAAGAAAUUAAGAUUAUCCACAUAUCCAAUCAAAAAAGCUCUCGCACUUGUUGAAGCUAUAUCACGUGAUUUAAAUGAUCAGCUACUCAGAGUUUUGGGUAACCGAAGAUUAAUGUAUAUGGAAUAUGAAGAUUUCGAAAAAAUUAUGUCUGGUGCUGAAGAUGUGUUUAAGACUUGGGACGAAAACAUUAAAGAAUUUAUAUAUAUAGCGCGUGAUGUUACACGUAAACGUUCAGACAAGUUUAUCCCAAUUAAAAUUAGCCCUGCACAUGACAAAUUACAAGAACGUGUUGCUUUUGUAAGGAAUUUCAGAAAACAACAUGAACAACUUCAUCCAACAAUUGUUAAAGUUAUUAAUUCAAUGGAAGAAGUUAAAUUGGCUUACGAAAGCGUGAAGGAUAUUGAUGUAUUGGAUGUAUCAAUUGAAGAUUUCGAAAAAAUUAUGUCUGGUGCUGAAGAUGUGUUUAAGACUUGGGACGAAAACAUUAAAGAAUUUACAAAUAUAGCGCGUGAUGUUACACGUAAACGUUCAGACAAGUUUAUCCCAAUUAAAAUUAGCCCUGCACAUGACAAAUUACAAGAACGUGUUGCUUUUGUAAGGAAUUUCAGAAAACAACAUGAACAACUUCAUCAAACAAUUGUUAAAGUUAUGUCACAACCUAAAACUACCACGAAGAUAGUGGUUGAAGGAGAAGACAAAGUGGUACGACAAGAAGAAGAAUCCGCAAAUACGAAUGAUAUUAAUUCAAUGGAAGAAGUUAAAUUGGCUUACGAGAGCGUGAAGGAUAUUGAUGUAUUGGAUGUAUCAAUUGAAGGUACCGAAAUUUGGAUGCAAGCGGAGAAUGCUUAUAACGAACGCGUUUCACGUGUCGAAAAUCAGAUCAUUUCGAGUUUACGUGAUCGUCUUGGUACUUGCAAGAACGCCAAUGAAAUGUUUCGCGUAUUCUCUAAAUUUAAUGCUUUGUUUGUUAGACCUAAGAUUCGUGGUGCCAUUCAAGAAUAUCAAACUCAACUUAUUGACUCCGUCAAAGAAGAUAUUAAGAAACUUCAAGACAAAUUCACACAACAAUAUCGUAAAUCUGAAGCAUAUCACAUGGCACAACUUCGUGACUUACCAGCUAUUUCCGGCGCUAUGAUUUGGGCUCGACAAAUAGAACGUCAAUUACAAGCAUACAUGAAGCGUGUUGAAGAUGUACUCGGAAAAGGUUGGGAAAUGUAUGCGGAAGGCCAAAAAUUGCAAACUGAUAGCAAUAACUUUAAGAAGAAAUUAGAUACCCGACCGAUUUUUGAAACCUGGCAAAAGGAUAUUCAGAAUAGACGCGAUUUAAAUGUUAGCGGUCGACUCUUUGAAAUUACUAAGAACCGUGCACAAGGGAAUGUACUGCAAUUGGGUGUUAAUUUUGACCCACAAAUUAUUACUUUAUUCAAAGAAGUGAGAAAUUUACUGUGGUUAAAUCAUCAAGUACCACAUAAUAUUAGCAGUCUUGCAAAGACUGCAAAACGUGUUUAUCCCUUUGCUGUCAGUCUUAUGGAAACAGUACGAACAUACGCACAAACUCUACAAAAAGUUCAAAAACAUCCUGAAAUUAUCAUGUUAGUAGCUAGUUAUCGACAUGAAGUACAGGUCAUGAUCACAAAAGGUAUAAAUUAUGAAUGGAAAUAUUUUGUCGAAACAUAUGAUCGCCAUUACAGAACAAAUUUACUUAAUGGAGGAGCCUUAGAUGAAAAUCAACAUGUCACUUUUGUAAGAGAGUUUGCAAACCAAGUAUCAAUCUUCCAAGAUAAAGUUGAUGCAUUGAUAGAUAGUUAUGACAGUAUCUCUCGACAUAUUGAUGAUUUGAAAACUUGCGCUUUUAAGGGUCGAAAAUUCCAGGCAAACUUAAAGAAAAUUCAAGAUAUAAUUAAUAGGCUUAUUCUUGAGUCAUACUCAAAUCUCAACCCAUGGGUUGCUCAACUUGAUAAACGUGUUGAAAAUGUUCUUGUUAACCGGUUAGAAGAUGCAGUUGAUGCGUGGACAAUAGAAUUUAUGGAAUCAGGCGACGAAUCUGCUAAUUUUGCGGAAUCCAUAUAUAGUGAAGCAGUUUCAAUAAGUGGUAAAGCUGUAGGAAAAAAUAAACGUAGAACCACAAGAAAUGAUUCAAUUGAUGGCGAAAGACCAACUAUAUCAAAAGCCGAGAAACCUACACUUGCUGUUUUAACUCAUGAAAUUAAGAUUCGUAAUCAAGUAAUUUAUCUAGACCCUCCUAUUGAAGAUGCUAGAGCAAAAUGGUAUAAUCAAUUCCAUGAAUGGCUUGCUAUUGUGUGCAGUCUUCCAAGACUCCAAAGUUCCAGUUACGAUAUUGAUUUACAAGUCAGAGGAACUUUUUCUCGUGAGACAACUUAUUCUAAUUUAUUGACACAGAUUCCGAGUAAUUCACUUGAGAAGGCUUAUGAAGUAAUCGAAGCCAAAUUGAAAGAAGUAUUCGAAUAUAUAAACGUUUGGUUUCAAUUUCAAUCGUUAUGGGAUCUUGAAGCAAAUAAUGUAUUCGCUGAACUUGGUGAUAAUCUUUUAAAAUGGCAACAAAUUCUUACUGAAAUUAAAAAAGCUAGAAAUACUUUUGAUAACUCUGAUACAUCACGAACCUUUGGUCCCAUAGUAAUUGAUUAUCAACAUGCACAAAGUAAGGUUAAUGCUAAAUAUGAUUCGUGGCAACGAGAGGUUCUCAAUAAGUUCGGUGCUAAGAUUGCAGAUUCUAUGAGAGAAUUUAACACGAACGUUUCUCAUGCUCGUAAUGAUCUUGAAAAUAAAUCCAUGGAAAGUGAUAAUACUAGUGAAGCUCUUGAACUGUUUAUCUUUGUUCAAGAUCUUAAUCGUAAAGUUGCUAAGUGGGAACAAGAUGUUGAAAUUUUCAAAAAUGGACAGAAAACUUUGGAGAGGCAACGAUACCAAUUCCCAAGUGAUUGGAUAUAUAUUGAUCAAAUUGAAAAUGAAUGGAGUGCUUUUAAUCAAAUAUUGAAAAGAAAGGACAAUGCAAUUAUGGAACAAGUUGAUAGCUUAAAAAUGAAGAUCAUUACUGAAGAUAAAGUCAUUGAAGGUAAAGUUAAAGAAAUAGUUACUGAAUGGUUUGAGAAAAAACCAAUUCAGGGAGAUAUUAAACCCGAUGUUGCAAUAAAUACACUUAAUCAAUUUGAGAGUCGCGUCUCUCGUAUCAAAGAAAAUUAUGAAAGUGUUUGUCAUGCUAAAGAAGCUCUUAAUAUGGAGUCGUCUUCUGAGGAUCGAUUAGAGCCUGUUUAUGAAGAACUUAAAGAUCUUAAGUCUGUAUGGAGUUCUCUUGGUAAAGUUUGGAGUUCUAUUAAUGAACUAAAGGAUCAACCAUGGGCUUCCGUUGUACCUCGUAAAAUCAGACAACAAUUGGAUAAUCUUAUCAAUUCUACAAAAGAAAUGCCCAGUCGUAUGCGUACAUAUGCAGCUUUUGAAUAUGUUCAAGAAACAAUGAAACAAUACAUCAAAGUUAAUCCUAUUCUCUCCGAACUUAAAUCCGAUGCUUUGAAAGAUCGUCAUUGGAAACAAUUAUUUAAAGUAUUACGUUUUGAAGGUCGUGUAAGUUCAUCUGAUAUGACUGUUGGUCAAAUUUGGGACAUGGACCUAAAGAAAAAUGAAACAGUUAUUAGAGAAGUUGUAGCUCAAGCAGCUGGUGAAAUGGCUCUCGAAGAAUUUUUAAAACAAGUUAAAGAAACGUGGACAACUUAUGCUCUUGAACUUGUAAAUUAUCAAAAUAAGUGUCGUCUUAUCAAAGGUUGGGAUGAUCUUUUUACAAAAUGCAGCGAAAAUCUUAAUUCAUUAACAGCCAUGAAAAUGUCACCAUAUUAUAAAACCUUUGAAGAAGAUGCUUCUUCAUGGGAAGAUAAAUUAAAUCGCGUUAACCUCUUGUUUGACGUUUGGAUUGAUGUUCAACGUCAAUGGGUAUAUUUGGAAGGUAUUUUUAGUGGUAGUGCAGACAUUAAACAUUUGCUUCCUGUAGAAACUCAACGCUUCACAAAUAUCAACUCUGAAUUCAUGGGUGUCAUGAAAAAAGUUUAUAAAUCUCCUUUCGUAAUGGAUGUUUUGGGUAUAAGAGAUGUUCAAAAAUCAUUAGAAAGAUUGUCUGAUCUCUUAAGUAAGAUUCAAAAAGCUCUUGGUGAAUACCUCGAAAGAGAACGUUCAUCAUUCCCUCGUUUCUACUUUGUUGGUGACGAAGAUUUACUCGAAAUUAUUGGUAAUAGUAAAGAUGUUGUUAGAAUCCAGAAACAUUUCAAAAAGAUGUUUGCUGGUAUUUCUAAUAUCUUAUUGAGCGAAGAUUUGACAAUCAUCCAAGGAAUGGCAUCCCGUGAGGGUGAAGAAAUUCCAUUCAAACAUCCGAUAUCAAUUAAAGAAAAUCCAAAAAUUAAUGACUGGCUUACUAUGAUCGAAAAAGAAAUGAAAGUCUCUCUCGCUGAAUGGUUAACAGAAGCUGUUGCUGAACUUAGUUCAUUUUACCUUAAUGAUGAAUUAGUUACCAGUACCUUAUUAGAAUGGAUUGAAAAAUAUGCAUCACAAUUAGUAGUAGUUGCGGUUCAAAUUGUUUGGACAACAUCUGUAGACAAAGCUCUCUCUACAAUAGAACAGGGUGAUCGUAACGAUCAAACUCCAUUAAACAAAUCCCUUCAGUUCGUAACUCGCGCAUUAGACGUCUUAGCUGACACUGUACUCACAGAUUUACCUUCAACUCAACGCAAAAAAUGUGAACAUUUAAUUACUGAACUUGUACAUCAACGAGAUCUUAUCCGUCAACUUACUAAGAACAAAAUAUCUUCACCAAAGGACUUUGAAUGGUUAUACCAAAUGAGAUUUUAUUUUAACGCAUCUAUUGAUGAUCCACUUGCUAGACUCACAAUUCAUAUGGCAAAUGCUCAAUUCUUAUACGGAUAUGAAUAUCUUGGUGUUCCUGACCGUCUAGUACAAACCCCUCUUACCGACAGAUGUUAUUUAACUCUCACUCAAGCUCUUUCUCUUCAACUCGGAGGCUCACCUUUCGGGCCGGGUACUGGUAAAACGGAGUCGGUUAAAGCUCUUGGUGUACAGCUUGGAAGAUUUGUGCUUGUAUUCUGCUGUGAUGAAAAUUUCGAUUUCCAAGCUAUGGGACGUAUUUUUGUUGGUCUCUGUCAAGUUGGUGCUUGGGGAUGUUUUGAUGAAUUUAAUCGUCUUGAAGAAAGAAUUUUAUCUGCUGUUUCGCAACAAGUACAAACCAUUCAACUUGGGUUAAAGUCAAUUGUAGAUAAUCCAAACGCUGAAGUAGAAAUUGUUGGCAAAAGUCUUACAGUUAAUGCAAAUACUGGCAUUUUUAUUACUAUGAAUCCUGGUUAUGCUGGACGUUCUAACUUACCAGAUAAUUUGAAAAAACUAUUUAGAAGUAUGGCUAUGACAAAACCAGAUCGUGAACUAAUUUCACAAGUUAUGCUUUACUCGCAAGGUUUCCGUACAGCCGAAACUCUUGCUUCUAAAGUAGUACCGCUUUUUAACCUAUGUACUGAACAAUUAUCGCCACAAGCACAUUAUGAUUUCGGUCUACGUGCUUUGAAAUGUGUACUUGUUAGUGCUGGUAAUUUAAAACGUGAACGUCUUCAAUCUCUUAGAGAUAAAAAUAGUGAUGAAUCAGAAUAUGCAAAUAUUUCAGAACCUAUUCCAGAACAAGAAAUUGUUAUUCAAAGUAUCCGUGAAACUAUUGUUCCAAAAUUGGUCGCUGACGAUAUUCCAUUGUUGUCCAGUUUAUUAGCUGAUGUAUUCCCUGGUGUUGAAUAUAGACCUGUAGAUCUUGAUAGACUUACAAACGAAAUCAAACUGGUCUGUCAAGAAAAACGUCUUCUCGAUGGAGAAAUGUGGAUGGAGAAAGUAUUACAACUUUAUCAAAUUCAAAACUUACAUCACGGUCUUAUGAUGGUAGGACCAUCAGGUUCUGGAAAAACUGUAGCUUGGAAGGUUCUUUUGGAAGCUCUAGAACGUGUACAGGGUGUAGAAGGUGUCUCAUAUGUAAUUGAUCCAAAAGCUAUCUCAAAGGAUGCUCUUUAUGGUACUCUUGAUCCUACUACUCGUGAAUGGGUAGAUGGUUUAUUUACACAUAUCUUGCGUAAAAUUGUGGACAAUGUUCGUGGUGAAAGUGGAAAAAGACAUUGGAUUAUUUUUGAUGGUGACGUAGAUCCCGAAUGGGUCGAAAACUUGAAUAGUGUACUUGAUGAUAAUAAGUUACUUACUUUACCUAACGGUGAACGUCUGAGUCUUCCACCAAAUGUUCGUAUUAUGUUUGAAGUAGAAAAUUUGAAAUACGCUACUUUGGCUACUGUCAGUCGUUGCGGUAUGGUUUGGUUCAGUGAAGAAGUUUGUACCCUAAAAAUGAUUUACACCAAUUACUUGGAGACUCUUAAAUCUGUACCAUUGGAUGACAAUGAAGAGGAAAAUUCCUCAACUGCACGCAGAGCUGAAUCUGGCGAAGAAGAAUCUGUUUCACCUCAUUUAAGUACACAACGUGCUGUUGCACAAAUUCUUGCUAAACACAUGACUGACGAUGGUUUCGUAACCAAAGCCCUCGAACAUGCUGAAAAAUUGGAACACAUUAUGGAUUUCACAAAGAUGCGUGUUUUAAAUACCUUAUUCUCGUUGAUGAAUAAGACAGUACAUAAUGUCAUUGAAUAUAACGUACAACAUCCCGAUUUUCCAAUGCCAGCCGAUCAUUUAGAAAGUUAUGUCACUAAACGUCUAGUUAUUGGUGUUAUUUGGAGUUUCUCUGGAGACGCGAAACUUGAUUUACGUGCUAAACUUGGAGAUUUCGUACGUGGAAUUACAAUUGUCGAUUUACCGCCUGCAUCUCCCGGAUCAUCUGUUAUUGACUACGAUGUUCAAAUAAGUAAUGGUGAAUGGGUUGCUUGGACAACUAAAGUACCUACUAUUGAAAUUGAAACUCAUACUGUUGCUGAAGCUGAUGUAGUUAUUCCCACUGUUGAUACUGUUCGUCAUGAAGAAGUUUUGUAUUCCUGGUUAUCAGAACACAAGCCACUUAUGCUUUGUGGUCCUCCAGGCUCCGGUAAAACAAUGACACUUUUCAGUGCUCUUAGAAAAUUACCUGACAUGGAAGUCGUUGGUCUCAACUUUUCUAGUGCUACAACUCCUGAACUUAUUUUGAAAACUUUUGAACAAUAUUGUGAAUAUAGAAAGACACCUAAUGGUAUAGUUUUGUCACCUAUCCUUAUUGGCCGUUGGAUUGUAGUAUUCUGCGAUGAAAUCAAUUUACCUGCUACUGAUAAAUAUGGAACUCAACGUGUUAUUUCAUUUUUAAGACAGUUAAUUGAAUAUGGAGGUUACUGGAGAACUACUGAUAAAGCAUGGGUUAAACUUGAACGUAUACAAUUUGUCGGUGCCUGUAAUCCACCAACAGAUCCUGGUCGUGUACCACUAACUCACAGAUUCCUUCGUCAUUCACCUUUAGUGAUGGUUGACUAUCCUGGCGAAAUUUCUCUUAACCAAAUUUAUGGUACUUUCUCACGUGCCAUGUUAAAAGUUGUCCCUACACUUCGAGCUUACGCCGAACCUCUUACAGCUGCAAUGGUAGAUUUCUAUCUUGCAUCACAAAAACAUUUCACACCAGAUAUUCAAGCUCAUUAUAUUUAUUCUCCUCGUGAAUUGACCCGAUGGAUGAGAGGUAUUUUUGAAGCCAUAAAACCAAUGGAAACAUUGUCUCUAGAAGGACUUGUUCGUAUCUGGGCACAUGAAGCUCUUCGAUUGUUCCAAGAUCGUCUUGUCACUGAAGAAGAAAAGAAAUGGACAGAUGAUACUAUUGAUGCAAUUGCUAUGAAACACUUCCCUAAUUUAAAUCAACAAGAAGCUUUAGGACGUCCAAUAUUAUUCUCCAAUUGGUUAUCCAAAUAUUAUAUUCCCGUUGAACGUGAGGAUUUACGUGAUUAUGUCAAAGCUCGCCUCAAAGUCUUUUAUGAAGAAGAAUUGGAUGUUCCAUUAGUACUAUUUAAUGAUGUAUUGGAUCACGUACUCCGUAUUGAUCGUGUAUUUAGACAAAUGCAAGGACAUUUACUUUUAAUUGGUGUAAGUGGUUCCGGUAAAACUACAUUAUCCAGAUUUGUUGCUUGGAUGAACGGUUUAAGUGUCUUCCAAAUCAAGGCUCAUAACAAAUACACCGGUGAUGACUUUGAUGAAGAUCUUCGCGUUGUUUUAAGACGUGCAGGUUGUAAAGGUGAAAAAAUAUGCUUCAUUAUGGACGAAUCCAAUGUAUUAGAUUCAGGUUUCUUAGAACGCAUGAAUACAUUGCUCGCUAAUGCUGAGGUUCCUGGAUUGUUUGAGGGUGAUGAAUAUAAUACUUUAAUGACAGCUUGUAAAGAAGGUGCUCAAAGAGAAGGGUUAAUGUUAGAUUCUCAAGAAGAAUUAUAUAAAUGGUUCACACAACAAGUAAUGAAGAAUUUGCACGUUGUGUUCACAAUGAAUCCUCCUGAAGGUGGUCUUGCUUCCCGUGCAGCAACUUCUCCUGCCUUAUUUAAUCGUUGUGUAUUAGAUUGGUUCGGUGAUUGGCCAGACCAAGCUUUCUUCCGAGUUGGUAUGGAAUUCACGCAUAACUUAGAUUUGGAUAUCCAGAAUUAUUCUCCACCGGUAAACUUCCCAACUGCGUAUCGUGGUUUAUCUCUUCCACCUACACAUCGAAAUGCUAUUGUAAAUGCUUUUGUAUACGUUCAUCAAUCACUUUAUGAUAUUAACGCAAAGUUAAGCAAACGACAAGGACGUUAUAAUUAUGUUACCCCCCGUCAUUAUUUGGACUUUAUCAAUCAUUAUGUACGUUUAUUUAAUGAGAAACGUGAAGACUUAGAAGAACAACAGCGUCAUUUGAACGUUGGUUUAGACAAAUUAAAAGAAACUGUGGAAACUGUAGAAGAACUUCGUAAGAGCUUAGCUAUCAAGGAGAAAGAUCUUAAAGCAAAAGAAGCUGAAGCCACUGAAAAAUUAAAGAAGAUGGUAGAAGAUGAAACACUUGCUAAAGCACAAAAAGAUGAAUCCGAAAAAAUUGGAGCUCAGCUUGAAAUUCAAACAAAAAACAUUGAAGAACGUCGUAGUGUUGUAUUAAGAGAUUUAGAGAAUGCAGAACCAGCUGUUGAAGAAGCGAGGAGAAGUGUACAAGGUAUUAAGAAACAACAACUUACCGAAGUACGUUCUAUGGGUAAUCCUCCUGAAGCUGUAAAACUCGCUAUGACUUCCGUUUGUACCUUGCUUGGAUUUACUAUAGACAAUUGGAAAGCUGUGCAAGGUAUCAUUCGUCGUGACGAUUUUAUUACAAGUAUUGUUAAUUAUGAUACGGACAAGAACAUGACAAAAAAUUUGAGAGAAAAAAUGAAGAAAGAAUAUUUAAGCAAACCGAAUUUCAAUUACGAGCUUGUAAACAAAGCUAGUAAAGCUUGUGGACCCUUAGUUAAAUGGGUAAUUGCUCAAGUGAGUUAUUCUGAAAUUUUGGAUAGAGUAGGACCUUUACGUCAAGAAGUAGAUAAUUUAGAAAAGGAACAGGAGUCUACUAAAUUGAAGGCUGUUAGUAUUCAAAGUAUGAUUAAUGAUUUAGAAGAAAAAAUUGGAAUAUAUAAAGUAGAAUAUGAAUCCUUAAUUAGUCAGAAAAAAGCUAUUAAAGAUGGUAUGGAAAGUGUCAAAACAAAAGUUGACCGUAGUAUGACGCUUCUUGAGAGUUUGUCAUCCGAAAAAGAAAGAUGGGAAAGCGGUAGCCAGGCAUUUGAAACACAAAUGGGUACUAUUGUGGGAGACGUCUUACUUUCAGCCGCUUUCCUCGCUUAUGGUGGUUAUUUUGAUCAACAAUAUCGUGAAAUAUUAGUGAACAAAUGGACAGGUCAUCUUGUCAACGCAAACAUUCAAUUCAAACAAGAACUUUCAUUAACAGAAUAUCUUUCAACCGCCGAUGAUCGUCUGUCAUGGCAAGCAAAUUCUCUUCCCGCGGACGAUCUUUGUACAGAAAAUGCUAUCAUGCUCAAACGCUUCAAUAGAUAUCCAUUAAUUAUUGAUCCAUCUGGUCAAGCUUCAGCCUUUUUGAUGAAUGAAUAUAAGGAUAGAAAAAUUGGAAUUACUAGUUUCUUGGAUGAUUCAUUCAUUAAAAACUUGGAAAGUGCUCUUCGUUUUGGUAAUCCAUUACUUAUUCAAGAUGUUGAACAUCUUGACCCUAUUUUAAAUGCUGUACUAAACAAAGAAUUGCGUCGUACUGGAGGUCGUGUCUUGAUCCGUUUAGGAGGACAAGAUAUUGAUUUCUCUCCAUCAUUUACUCUAUUCCUUUCAACUCGUGACCCAUCUGUCAAUUUCCCUCCAGACGUAUGCAGUCGUGUGACAUUUGUCAAUUUCACUGUAACUCGUGGUAGUUUACAAAGCCAAUGUCUUAAUCAAGUACUUAAGGUUGAAAGACCAGAUACUGACAAGAAGAGAACAGACUUAAUUAAACUUCAGGGUGAAUUCAAAUUAAAAUUAAGACAUCUUGAAAAAUCUCUUUUACAAGCUUUGAAUGAGUCGAAGGGUAAUAUUUUGGAUGAUGCUGUAGUUUUGAAUACUCUAGAAACAUUGAAAAAGGAAGCUGCUGAAAUUACUCAGAAGGUUCAAGAAACAGAAAGUAUUAUGCAAGAAGUUGAGGAAGUUACAAAGCAAUAUACUCCCCUUGCUCAGGCUUGUAGUUCAGUCUUCUUCGUAAUGGAACAAAUGAACUUAUUACAUCAUUUCUAUCAAUUUUCACUUGAAUAUUUUUAUGAAAUCUUCCAAUUUAUUCUCCAUGACAAUCCCAAUCUUAAAGAUAUUACGGAAGCUAACUCUAGAUUAGACAUUCUUAAACGCGACCUUUUUAACGUUUCUUUCAAACGUGUAUCACGUUCAUUAUUGCACGAAGAUUAUGUUACAUAUGCAAUUUUAUUAUCUCAAAUUAAGAUGCGUAGCUCACCUUCAGCAAUUGACGAAACAGAAUACGAUUUCUUAUUAAGCGGCGGUGAUGUAGUUCCCGGUUCUCAUGCUACUGCCAAAGAAUUAGGAUUACCAGCUGAUCUUUUCGAUUCUGAUCAAUUAUGUAAAAUCAAAGAAUUUACUACCCUCCCGUGUUUCUCCAAUCUUACUAAACAUAUCACAAGUAAUUUAUCAGAUUGGAAAGAAUUCUUGGAAGCUGAAUCUGCUGAAAACUGUAUUCCCGAAUUCUUGGAUAGUGGAUUACCUGCUACCGUCAAACAAUUACGAAAGAUAUUGAUUGUUAAAUGUUUCCGACCAGAUAGAUUGAUUCCUGCUGUGACCCAAUUAGUUGGUGUUGCAUUUGACCCAGCUUUCAUUAAUCAAACAGAUUUGGACUUUAAAGCUUUAGUUUUGGAUGAAAUUCAGCCAACUACACCAAUUUCCUUAUGUUCGGUUCCUGGUUAUGAUGCAAGUUUCCGUGUUGAUAACCUUGUUGCAGAACUUAAUGUUCGUUGCACAUCUGUUGCUAUGGGAUCACAAGAGGGUUUUACUCUUGCCGACAACGCUAUUGCUAGUUCCAUCAAGAAUGGUAACUGGGUGUUAUUGAAGAAUGUACAUCUUGCACCUUCCUGGUUAGGUCAAUUAGAAAAGAAAUUACAUAGCAUGAAAGCACAUAAAAACUUCAGAUUAUUCCUUACCAUGGAAACGAAUCCAAAAGUGCCAGUAAACUUAUUACGUCUAUCACGUAUACUUAUGUUCGAACCUCCACCAGGUAUUAAGGCUAACCUUACAGAUUCUCUCAAAGCUAUUGCUCCAAGUAGACUUCAAAAAGGACCUACGGAACGUGUCAGAUUAUACUUUAUGCUCGCAUGGUUACAUGCUAUUGUACAAGAACGUCUUCGUUACUGUCCUCUUGGUUGGACCAAGAUUUAUGAAUUUAAUGAAUCUGAUCAAGAUUUUGCUAUCAACACAAUUGACACUUGGUUAGACUCUGUUGCUCAAGGCAGAGCUAAUGUUUCCCCUGAUAAGAUUCCUUGGGAAGCUAUGCGUUCAUUGAUUACUAUUUCUGGUUAUGGUGGUCGUAUUGAUAACGAAUUUGAUAAACGUCUAUUGGAAUGUUUCGUUAAUAGUUUGUUCACACCAGCUGCAUAUGAUCUUGAUUUUAAACUUGUUGAAGGCGUUGACGACUUGGCUACACCUGAAGGCAGUAAGAUAGACCAAUUCAUGAACUGGGUUAAUAAACUCCCUGAAAGGCAACCACCAAUUUGGUUAGGAUUGCCAAGUAAUGCUGAAAAAGUAUUAUCCAUAAGCAAAGGUAAUGCAAUGCUUGUUAAAAUCAUUAAGAUGAGGAGUUUAGCUGACGACGAUGAAGUUGCAUACACACAAGAAUCAGGUUCUGAAUCAACUGGAGCGUCUGCUCAACCUGCUUGGAUGCGUGCUCUUUAUAAUAAUGUCGAUACUUGGUUAAAUAUAUUACCACAAAAACUAACUUCCAUGAAUCGUACCGCCGAAAGUAUCAAAAAUCCAUUAUUCAGGUUUUUCGAUCGUGAAAAUCAAAUAGGUCGUUCUCUUCUCAAAAAGAUACGUCAUGAUUUAGAAGAUAUAAAGAAGGUUUGCGAUGGCGAACUUAAACAAACCAAUCAUUUACGCAUGUUGUUGAGUUGUUUAACAAAAGGUAUUAUACCCGACCACUGGAGAAAAUAUAAAGUUUCAAAAACUGUUUCACUCAAUCAUUGGAUAGCAGAUUUUAAGAGUCGUUUACAACAACUAGAAGCAAUUACCAAUGAAACUGAAUAUUCAGGAUUAAAUGUAUGGUUAGGAGGUCUUUUCAUGCCUGAAGCAUAUGUUACAGCUACACGUCAAGCAGUAGCGCAAUCACACAAAUGGUCAUUAGAAGAAUUGAGAUUGGAAAUUGACCUUGACAGGAGUGGAGAUGAGGAUUCAUUUACGAUAUCAGGACUUAAACUUGCAGGUGCCGAAUGGAAAAAUGAUCAAAUAAGAUUGGUCCCAUCCCCAUUCACUAAAUUAGAUAAAUCACAAAUCCGAUGGGUAUUAAAGUCUAAGGAAGUCGAAAUCACUGAGCAAACAGUUCAACUCCCAGUUUACCUUAAUGAGGAUCGAAGUGAAUUACUUUUCAUAAUUAAUUCAAGUGCUGAGAAAGAAGACAAAAACAAAGUUGCUCAACGUGGUGUAGCAGUUAUUAUUUAA